CGCCCAUCGAGCUGUCAACCACGGUCGCGCCCCUUUGCCUGGAUCUAGGCCGCUUGGACCCUGAGCCGAAACGCGUAAUUGCUUAUCGGCUAUGCUAUUGUGUGGGAGAUGGGGUUCCAAAUAGUGGGCCGCGCGCCUACCAUGUGCUCAAUCUCUCUGUUUUUGUCCCGUGCCUUUUUGUUGCUGUGUCUGCAGCGUGUUUUGAUAUCCCGAUACAUAUGACUUUACCAUUCUGCUGAUUUGUCCGUUCCCUGUAACGAUGGGCGAGGGUAAUGUUAAUAUUGCGAUUGAGGCGGGUGCGGAUGCGGAGGUCACGCCGUAUUCCAUGCAUGUGUCUUCCAAAUAUCUUGAUUUGACGAAGAAGAAACUGGAAUUAACACGUUUGCCGAGGGAGCUGGAGCUGCCGGAGGAGAGACGCUGGGACUUGGGAACUCCGAAAGCAGUGCUAGAACCUCUGCUGGAUUACUGGCUGGAGCACUACGACUGGCGUGCGCAGGAAACCCACCUCAACACCUCACUUCCCCAGUACCGGACUACCAUCAACCUGCCAUCAACAGACGAUGAGAAAACAGUUCAGCCACUGCGCAUACACUUCGUGCACAAGCCUUCAUCGCAUCGGCAUGCGAUCCCGCUGCUCUUCUGCCACAAUUGGCCCUCCUCGUUCAUAGAGGUCCAGAAGAUCAUCGAUGCGCUUACGGAUCCCCAGUCGCUACGAAGCUUUGGAGAUGGCGCACAGCAGGCUUUUCACGUCGUCGCCCCCAGCAUCCCGGGUUUCGGCUUUUCCGAUGCGAGCUCAUCCGAGACCUUCGGCUUGAAGGAAACGGCGGAGGCGUUCAGCAAGCUCAUGAACCGUCUGGGUUACGACCGAUAUGUUGCCCACGGCACCGGAUGGGGCUUCAAUAUCUGCCGAACAUUGGCCUUGAAUCAUCCACAGAGCUGCAUCUCGGUUCAUACGGCAAAUCCGACCUUUGACCAGCCGAAAUUCCAGCAAAGCCCCGUUCCGUUCCUAAAGUACCAGGUCGCAAAGGUCACAAAGGCUAGCGUAACCUCGCUGAGCUUUGGAUACGUCCCUUCCGAGGUUCAGGAGGGCUCCGGGAGGGACACUGCAAAUCGAUCACUGUCGAAAGGUCUAGAGAAGCUUAGAGGCCCGCUGGGUCCUACGCUUUCGCAUCUCUACUCUUAUCGACCACAAACUCUGGCUUUUUCACUCUGCGACUCGCCUAUAGGCCUCCUUGCAGGCCUGCUCGAUGUGAUACACACCACCCAAAUGCCUCCUUCUCUGGAACCUGUCACAUCACGGUCUCGUUCGCCGUUCUUAUCUCCGAUCGAAUUGGAGCAGCAAGACUCGCAACACGAUCGCGCAUCGGUGGAAACUACGUUCAGAGAUGCUGUCCCUGCGCAAGGAGUAGAACAGCCAUCAGAACCGCGCGAAAGCGAAGCGAAUUCGGGAGUAUACUCGUGGUCGGCUACCGAAGUUUUAAAUUGGACGAUGAUGCAAUGGUUACCCGGGCCGGAAGCCUCGCUUCGAUGGCUGAGACGCACGCAACUUGACACAACGCCGACAUCCCCGUAUUCAACGACCCACUGCCCAGUGCCCCUCGGUAUUAGUGCUUUCCGCGCGCAAAACACCAACGGCCACGACAAAGCUACACCACUCAUGUGGGGGAGCGCGACUUGGAAUAUCGCCUGGGUGAAGCGACAUCGACGCCCUGCCGCGCUCCCUGCGUGGGAAGCGCCGGAUCUUCUUGUUCUCGACAUGCGCGAGUACUUUCAAUCGCACGGCGGAGCUGCCUUCAGAACUCCAUCCAACCUUCCCGCUUAGGCAAUGUCGUUGCGCGGACAAGAUAAAAGCCGUGGAAAGCUGCUAUAGGUAUAUGGGGUGUUGCUAUGGCGCAUAUGCCUAGUAUAUGCGCCGGGAAGCAC